AAAAUGUCUGUCUAAUCUAGAAAUUCAAAAAGAAGUAAUUAAAUUUGAUUAAUUAGAUCAAUUAAAUUCUUCCUAUUAAGGCCCUCCUGGACCAGGUAGUUACAAUCCCCAAUUAGAUGUUUCAUUAACAAAGCAUCCAUAAUGGACAAUAAGAGGAGGAAAUUCUAGGGAAAUUAAAGUGUUAAAAAAUAUUCCUGGACCUGGUUAGUAUAAUCCAAAAUUUCCUGAAUCCCAAUAGAAAACUCUUAUUUAUGGAAAAUAAUAUUAAUUAAACAAAGAAGAGAAUAAUAAACCAGGACCAGGAUCAUAUCUAUUAGAAGUAUCUUAAUUAUCAAAGAUUGGUUUUAAAAUUGGAAGUGAAAAGAGAUAUAAAGAGAUAAUAAAAAAAUCACCUGGUCCUGGAGAUUAUGAAAUAUAUUCUAGAUCAAAUGCUCCAUCGUUUAAAGUUGGUAAACAAUCACGAUCAGAGAAGAUGGUUAAUUUAAGUAUAGGACCGGGAUAAUAUAAUAUUCCAUCUUUGAUAAAAACAGAUGCUGGUUUUAAAAUAGUACCAAGAAGAGAAAAAACUGUAUAGACUAUUACACCAGGUCCAGAUGCAUAUGAGAUUUAAUCAAAAGAAAGGGUAAAAUCUUUUAAGAUUGGUACAAGCAAACGGGAUGGAAUAUUUAAUAAAUCAAAAUCUCCUGGUCCAGGUGAUUAUUCAUUAGAUAUUACAAGAGAUUAAGCAGGAUAUUCAAUUGGUAGAAGUUAAAGAUCAGAUAAAAAGAUUGAUUAACUACCUGGACCUGGAUCUUAUUAAUUAAUUUAACCUAGUAAUGCGCCAAAAUAUUCAAUCAAAUAAAAAUAUAAAUAAAAGUCAGAGAAAAUAGGUCCAGGACCUUAAUCAUAUACUAUUGCAGAUUUUAAAGAUAGUAAAACUGUCAUUUUUGGACGUGCAAAAAGAGAUAGCUUUAGUAAGUUAACUAUUCCUGUAAUUUUUAUUAAAAAUAAUUUUAGGGUCCAGGUGAAUAUGAUGUUGAUUUAAAAUAGAAGAAACCAUAGGUCAAUAUCAUAUUUGGUAGAGAGAAACGAUCAUAAAGUUGUUCUGAUCAUACUGAAAUGCCAGGUCCUGGAUAAUAUGAAAUAUCAACUACUUUUUAUGCUAAAAAAAAAUGA